AUGAAACGGGGAGGGAUCCCCUCAAACGGCGUGGAUUGGGAUGACUCCCAUUUUUACGUGGACCCAGAGGGGCGAAUCUGGAUCCCAGACGGUGCUGUUGACCUGCAGCAGCGGAUUGGUGUGAUCGCUCACCAAGGAGCCAGCGGUCACCGUCGCAUCGCAGCGACGACCAAGUCGGCAUCCGACAAGUUUGUGUGGACGACGCUUUCCACGGACGUCGAAACGUGCGUGUGUGUCUGUUUGCACUGCCUCUGCAUUGACAGAGAAAUGGUUCCCAGUCCAUUGGGUUCGUCGCUUCACGCGAAAAAAGCCGGACGAGCUCAUCCAUUUCGACUGAUUGUCGAUGGCCAUGGCCAACUGCUCGUGUAG